AUGGCACUAAUAAGGUCUCCCGGAAUCCAAAAUCAGCAAAUAAGUGAAUGCCCUAAAAGUUUAGGCGCUAGGCCAUACUUGCCUCCAUCGCCAUCGUUGCAACCACCACCACCACCACCACCACCACUACUACCACCACCGUCACCACAACCACCACCACCGUCACUACAACCACCACCACCAUCACUACCAGCAGCAGCACAAGCACCAGCACCAGCACAAGCACCAGCACCAGCACAAGCACCAGCACCAGCACAAGCACCAGCACCAGCACAAGCACCAGCACAAGCACAAGCACAAGCAGCAGCACAAGCACCACUACUAAACACAAUGGAGGUAACAAAAAAAGUAAACCACGCAGUACGAAGAGCGGUGGCGAACGAGCGGCGGAGAUUGAAACAAUUCACUGGAUUUAUCCCAGCGCCGACGAUACCAGGAUACAUUCCGGGAGCGCCGACGACUCCAGGAUACAUUCCGGGAGCGCCGACAACUUCAGGAUACAUGCCGGCAGCGGCGACGACACCAGGAUGUGUCUCGGCAGUAUCGACGACAUCAGGAUAUAUUCUGGCAGCAUCGACGACACCAGGAUAUAUUCCGGGAGCGCCUACGACACCAGGAUACAUUCCGGCAGCGCCGAUGACACCAGGAUAUAUUCCUACAGCAUCGACGACACCAGGGUACAUCCCAGUAGCGCCGAUGACACCAGGGUACAUCCCGGCAGCGCCGACGGCACCAGGGUACGUUCCGGCAGCCCUGACGGCACCAGGGUACAUCCCGUCAACGCCAAUAAUACCAGGAUACUUUCCAGGAUACGUCCCAUCAGCGGGAUACGCUUUGUCGAAAGUAAAUCAAGCGAUACGGAGAGCGGUGGCGAAGCAGCAGCGGAGAUUGAAAUUCGCUGGAUUUAUCCCAGCACCGACGACUCCAGGCGCUGCCGAGAUGUCUCCUGAUGUCGUUGGCGCUGCCGGAAUGUAUCCUGGUGUCGUCGAUGCUCCCGGAAUAUAUCCUGGUGUCGUCGGCGUUGGGAUAAAUCCAGCGAAUUUCAAUGUCCGCCGCUCCUUCGCUACCGCUCUUCGUACCGCGUGA